AUGGAGUGCAGACAUGAUGUGGAUUUGGAGGAGCCGUGUCCAGUCUGUGGAGAUAAAGUCUCUGGAUACCACUACGGUCUGCUCACCUGUGAAAGCUGCAAGGGGUUUUUCAAAAGGACGGUUCAGAACAACAAGAAGUACAUCUGUGCAGAGAACCAGGAGUGCAGGAUCGACAAAGCUCAGAGGAAACGCUGUCCGUUCUGUAGGUUUCAGAAGUGUCUUCAUGUCGGCAUGAGGCUGGAAGCUGUUCGAGCAGAUCGGAUGCGAGGUGGCAGAAACACGUUUGGUCCCAUGUACAAGCGAGACCGUGCCCUGAAGCAGCAGAGAAAGGCUCUGAUACAAGCUGGUGGAUUCAGACUGGAGAGCAGCCCCCCUCUGGUCUACUCAGCCCACCCGAGAGACCUCACCUUCGCUGGUGGCCUCCAACCAGACUGCAUCCUUCACAGCGUCCCGCUGCCCACAGAACAGAAUGACUGCAUCAGCUACCAGCCUCCAUCACUGUGUUCACUUCUGCCCUCCAGCUCCCCUGUUGGCCCCCAGUACCAGAGCUUCUCCCUCUCAAACUGGACUAUCAAGUCCAAGCACACCAACAACUGUGACAGUCCACCAGGCUCUGCUGCAGCAACCUACGCCGACUCAGACGAGCUACACUCGAGCUCUCCACAAGGUCCCGGGAUGCCUCAGCUGGUGAUGGAGUUCCUGCUCUGUGAUCCAGAUGAGCUGCAACUGCAGAAUAAGAUCAGCGCUCGUAUCCAGCAGGAGCAGACCGGCUGGAGGAGACACGGGAACCCCGGCACCUUCAGCCUCAUGUGCGUCAUGGCUGACCAGACGCUGCUCUCCAUCGUGGAGUGGGCUCGCACGUCCAUCUUCUUCAAACAACUUAAGGUCAGUGAUCAGAUGAAGUUACUGCACAGCUGCUGGAGUGAACUGUUGAUCCUGGACAUCAUUUCCAGACAGGUCCUGUACGGCAGAGUGGGCAGUCUGCUCCUGGUCACUGGGCAGGAGGUGCAGCUGUCAGACAUAGCAUCUCAAGCUGGUCCUACCUUGGCCAGCCUGGUCCAGAGAGGACAGGAGCUGGUUGAGAGGCUCCAUAUCCUAAAGCUGGACCGUCAAGAGUUUGCCUGCAUCAAGUUCCUCAUCCUCUUUAACCCAGAUGUGAAAGACCUUGAGGAACAUCAGCUGGUAGAGAGUGUGCAGGAGCAGGCUGAGGGAGCCCUGCUGGAGUACACAUUGUGCACCUCCUCUCAGCACCUUGGACGCUUUACUCAUCUGCUGUUGUGCCUCUCUGAGUUGCGCUCUCUCAGCACCCUCGCUGAAGACUACCUGUACUGCAGACACCUCAGCGGUGAGGUGCCCUGCAACAACCUGCUCAUUGAGAUGCUCCACGCCAAGCACAGCUGGCCAUGA